AUGGCGUGCCAGGCCGUUCAUUCAUGGACAUUUAGUGGGUUAGUGGGUGUUUUUCUUGAUCUUGCUAUUGCUUAUCUCUUACUCUGUGCAUCCACUCUCGCAUUUUUGGCCUCCAAAUUUCUGGGUUUUUUGGGGCUUUUCGUACCAUGUCCUUGUAAUGGCCUAUUUGGUACCUCCAAUAGCAAUUACUACUUGAAGAGGCUGUUAAUUGAUUGCGCAAUUGAGACAGUCUCUUCUGUUCAACUGUCUGUGAACACAAAGUUUCCCUUUGAUUCAGUUUGCGUGAAAAACCGAGAUUGCCAAAUGAAUUUGAAGUUAAUUAGAGAUCAAAACAAUUGUGUUGAUGGGUUUGUUGAAAUGGAAGGCGAAGUGUCUUGUAGCUCAAUAUCGGGUGCUAGGAAGUUGCAAAAUGUGGUUAAGAGGGACUUGAUUUUGAGGAAUGAAUCAGUUAGGGUGUUUGAUGUAGUGAAUUCAUCAGUUCAUGUCAAGAAGGGAAGUGAUGAGGGUUAUUACAGUCUACAAGAUGAGAAGGCAUCCAUAGAAAUGGAGGCUUGGCAAUACCAGGGGAUAAUAGAAGAAAAAUCUGCUUAUGAUGCUGAAGAAAUGAACACCCUUAAAGAAAUUCUGUUACAAGAUGACAUUCAGUGUAUGGUGAACACACAGAGAGAACAGGCUGAUGCUCCAAUGGCUUAG